AUGAGUGAUGAAACUAACUCGUAUGAUGAUAUUAAUGGGUUAUUGAAUGAUCAAUUUAGAGAUAUUGCACAAGCUGAAGGACUUUAUGAAGGUCCAAAUGAAGAUGCCAAUAAAUUCUAUAACUUAGUUGAUAAGGCAAGCCAAGAACUAUAUCCUGGUUGUAAAGGAUUCUCUAGAUUAUCAUUCAUAAUUCGUCUAUAUUUGUUGAAGUGUCUACAUGGAUGGAGCAAUGCGUCAUUCACUUCUCUUUUAGAGUUGUUGAAAGAGGAGAUUCCCGAGUUGAACAUUCCUUUAUCCUACAAUAAUGCCAAGUCUAUGGUUAAGGAUCUCGGUCUUGAUUAUGAAAAAAUCGAUGCAUGUCCCAAUGAUUGCAUGCUAUUUAGGAAUGAACAUAAGGCUGAUGAAUAUUGUCAUGUUUGUGGAGCUUCCAGAUAUAUUAAAUAUCCUGAAGCAGAUAGCGAGGUUGAGUGUUCUAAAAAAGCUCAUCGCGUUUCAGCAAAAACUUUGAGACACUUUCCAUUAAUUCCUAGACUCAAAAGGCUAUUCAUGUGCUCAAAGACAGCGAAUACAUUAAGGUGGCAUGACGAGGAGCAUUCUAAAGAUGGAAAGUUAAGGCAUCUUGCUGAUGCCCAAGCAUGGAAAGACUUUGAUAGCUUUCAUCCGGAUUUUGCAAGAGAUUCUCACAAUUUGAGACUUGGCUUGGCAAGUGAUGGGUUCAAUCCAUUUCGAAUCAUGAGCAUAUCUCACAGCACAUGGCCAAUUAUCUUAAUGGUGUAUUAUUUGCCUCCUUGGAUGUGCAUGAAGCCAGAAUAUUGUAUGCUUUCUUUGCUUAUACCUGGGUCGCGGUCACCUGGAAAUGACAUGGACAUUUAUUUACAACCAUUAAUAGAAGAGUUAAACGUGUUGUGGGAGUCUGGGGUUGAAAUAUAUGAUGCUUCAAGAAAUCAAACCUUUCAAAUGCGAGCAACUCUUUUGUGGACAAUCAGUGACUUCCCUGCAUAUGCUAUGUUAUCUGGUUGGAGUACAAAAGGGAAGUUGGCUUGCCCUUGUUGUAAUUAUGGCACUAAUUCUCGCUAUCUUAAACAUAGUCAAAAAAUGUGUUAUAUGGAUCAUCGUGUUUUUCUACCAAUGGAUCAUCCAUGGAGAUCCAACAAAAGGUCUUUCAAUGGGAAAACAGAAUUUAGGCCUCCUCCACCUUUGUUAAAGGGAACUGAUGUGCUUAAUGACUUAGAAAAUAUUAAUAAUGUCUUUGGGAAAAAGAGGAAGAGAACAAAUGAUGGCCCAUGGAAGAAAAAGUCAAUUUUUUUGAAUUACCUAUUGGCAACACAAUUCAUUACAUCAUAA